AUUACCCAGGAUACGCCGCGGGGAAGUGUUUACGUGAUGGUCUCCAAGAUGUCUUCCGAUCGAGAGCUGAAAAAACUUGAAUGGAGAACGAAAUUUGCUCAGGCUUCCGAAAACAAGGACAAUUGCCGUUUGGUCAAAUGUAUCCUUAAAAAGCCUCCCAGCGAUAGGUCGAAACGCGACUUGGAAAUCCUAAAAGAACUUGAGGUUUUGGUCAGUCAAGUCGAAGAGAGAGCCCGGAAACAGGCCAAAGCAAAGACGAAAUUAGAUGAGGUUCUGGAUCCGGAAGAAAUUCUUGAAGACAAAGUGUGUCAGCUUGUUGGUGCCAUUCGAGAGGCGAAAACUUUAGCCAUAUACACCGGGGCAGGAAUAAGUACCGCAGCUCGUAUUCCCGACUACCGCGGCCCUAACGGAAUAUGGACGAGACUGGCUAAGGGAGAGCGCCUCGGAUCGUACAACUUAUGCGAUGCAGAACCAACUCUCUCUCACAUGAGUAUUACAAAGUUGUACCAAGAAGGACUGGUCAGACAUGUGGUGUCUCAAAACUGCGAUGGGCUACACAUACGGAGUGGACUGCCAAGCCAGGCACUAUCAGAGGUUCAUGGUAACAUGUUUACUGAGGUCUGUACAGAAUGUGAAGAUGAUAGAAUCUACUACAGGCUUUUCGAUGUGACAGAGCGAACGGCUGUCCGCCGACACCAGACUGGUAGAUUCUGCACGGACUGUGGGUCCCCACUAAGGGACACUAUCGUCCAUUUUGGCGAGAAAGGAUGUCUUGAGCAACCAUUGAACUGGCAGGCAGCCUUUGAUGUGGCCAAAAUUGCAGACUGCAUAUUAUGUUUAGGCUCCAGUCUGAAGGUCUUGAAAAGAUAUCAUGCAUUAUGGGGGAUGAAUCGAGUCAAGCACCGCAGGCCAAAGCUGUUUAUUGUCAAUUUACAAUGGACACCAAAAGAUGAAAGUGCAUCACUCAAGAUUCACGCCCGAUGUGACAAUGUUAUGAAGAGAGUCAUGGAGAAACUUGGACUAGAAAUUCCUGAAUACAAAAGAUCGAAAGAUCCAUUAUUUGCCUUGGCCACGCCUUUAAGCCCCGACGAGAACGAUACGCAUACCACUAAAUCACUGACCAUUGGACAGGGCUCCUCAAAUUCAGGUGUACCCGCGUGCGACCCACAGAGUAUGAAACAAGAAUUAAAAUCUGAAGACGAGGAAAACAUGGACUCGGAACAGAGGCAGGAUUCCCCGGAAUCCCACGAUGGAGAUAAUGUUAAUGGACCAUGUCCUGGAUGGUACGGGAAAGGAUACGGCAAAGUAAAACGGACCGCUAAACGACGCAGGGUUCGGUAGCUACUGUCUGUGGCAAAUAAGAAUACUAUCAAUGGUAUCAAUUUCGUGAAUUGCACCUGGGAUAUUAGAAAAUGACGCAGUGAAAGUAUAUUUCGUCUUGUUCCUAGGAGCCAUGCUAAUACUGCAUUAUCCUGUUUCGUCAAUAUCAUGUUUCGCAUUGAGCCGGGCCUACAUCGAAAAAAAAAACAGAAUCAAACCAGAUCAUUAUGAAUUUAUUCUACGACAAAUCCCCCUAGCAGCAAACGUUUAAAGCGCAAAAAAAAAAACGUGCAGAAUUCUGUACUGUACUUGUAUCGGUCCAUGUAAGUGUGUAAUGUCUAUGCGUUGCGGAUCCACGUGUUGGGGGACGUUGAAGGUUCCACAGGAAGCGCACACUUUAGACAUGUUUAGAUAAUGCCGUAUCUUGGGGACCAAACAAUCGUCUUGUCUAAUGUGCAAAGCAAAACUAACUCAUCAGCCCUUCUCUGCUAAAUAUUCUCUCCGUCCUGUUUCGUAUCAAGGAAUAUCAAAGGAGUCAUGCCCGAAACACAGAUCAAGAUUUGGUAACAAUGCCAUGAAUAGUUAACGGGAGUCAUAGUGACUUUUGCAAGCUCAAUACAGACUCGCUCUGGCAAUAUUUUGUUUUAUUCACGUUAACCGUUUUGCUCCUAUAAGCCCUGUAAAGGCAUAGAAAUGUGCUGCAAUUUCCAAACUUCAUAUGUAAAUAGAACUUACAUGAAUAUCAGCAGAUCCGGAUUCUCAGGGAUCUAGGUUAAUCUUCGAAAUCACAUCAUAGCAAUAAGAUGGAAAUGUCUUUUCAAAUCGACAAAAUUGUAAAUAAAUGUUUUAAACCCAA